GUUCUUGUUUUCUUAGGUCAUUAUAUUUCACUGGAUACAACUCAUGGGACUCAAGGUCAGAGAGCUGUCCUCGUCAGUCCUGACCUGCAGCCUGAUGAAUGGAGCUGCCUGAGACUGGUUUACCAGAUAACUGGUAUGGAAUUCUCUCCCAGCCCAACUAUGCUGAAUGUUUUUUUUCAGCCUGAAGGAGAGAGCUUUGAUUAUCUGCUGUGGUCUACCCAAGAACAGUCUGAUGGCUGGCUAAUAGCAAGUGUUGAUUUGAGAACUACAUCAAAAAGGUACAAGAUAAUACUAGAAGGAAUACUCGGAGCAGAUGAUAAUAGCAGUAUUGCAAUUUAUGAAUUAAAAAUGACUACUGGAUAUUGCAUUGAGUGUGACUUUGAAGAAAACCAUCUUUGUGGUUACAUGAACAACUGGAACCCAAAUGUAAAUUGGUUUGUUGGAGGAGGCAACAUCAGAAAUGCACAGGCUAUCAUGCCUAAAGACCACACACUUAACAGUGAACUAGGUCACUAUAUGUAUGUUGACUCCGUUUAUGCCAAGCAGUUCCAAGAAGUAGCCCAGUUGGUCUCCCCUUUAAUUGUAACUUCUAUAUCUGGCUGUCUUUCUUUUUAUUAUCGAAUUCAGCGUGCAAGCAGCAAUGUUUUUAUGGUCUACACUAGAGACUUGCAUGGCAGCUAUGAGGAAAUCUGGAAAAUGAAUGAUGUACGGCAAGGGGAAUGGAACCUGGCAGAGGUUAACCUAAAUGCAUUAUUCCCAGUAGAGGUUGUAUUUGAAGUUGCAUUUAAUGGCAUCCAAGCAGGCUAUGUUGCUGUAGAUGAUAUUUCAUUUUCCUCAGAAUUCUGUAAUGGUGAACAAGACACUGUAUUCAAUGCACAUGAAGCUGGAUGUGAUUUUGAGAAUGAUCUUUGCACGUUCCACCUAGAUAAUAAAGAUGGAUGGAGUAGAGUGAAAGUGAAGCCCAAUAUCUACAGAAUGGGAGACCAUACAACCGGCCUGGGUUAUUUCGUGCUGGCUAAUACAAGAUUUACUUCUCAGUCGGGUUAUUUGGGACGUCUUUAUGGCCCUUCUUUGCCAGGAAACAUGCAGUAUUGUCUAAGAUUUUUCUACACACUCUAUGGAUUUUCUAAGAUGAGUGACUCCUUGGCUGUGUACAUCUUUGAAGAAAACCAUGUGGUUCAAGAAAAAAUUUGGUCUGUUCAGGAGUCACCUAAAGGAGUUUGGCAACAAGCUGAAAUUAGCAUAAAUAAGCCCAUGACUUGCCAGGUAGUGUUUGUAAGUUGGUGUAAAAGUUUUUGGGAUUGUGGUCUUGCAGCACUUGAUGACGUAACAGUGAGCAUUGGAAACUGCCAAGUAGCAGAUAAGAUGCCUCCACUGCCUGGAAGAUGUAACUUUGAAAGAGAUGAUUGUGGAUUUCAACAGGAAUGGCAAAGAAGGGGUAUUUGGCACAGAAAACGAGGAGAAACACCAACAUCUUACACUGGACCAAAGGGAGGGAGACCACACUUCUGGGGUAGGAUAUUACAUGUACAUUGAAGCCACCAACAUGGUUUAUGGACAGAAAGCAAGACUUAUCUCUAGGCCACUUCGAGCCAUCCAUGGAAAACAGUGCUUAACUUUCUUUUACCAUAUGUACGGUGCCGGCACUGGACUUCUUAAUGUAUACGUGAGAGAAGAAUUUGGCAGAUAUAAAGAUACUCUUCUGUGGACCAGGAGAGGUGAACAAAGUAUUAGUUGGUUGAGAGCACAGAUAGAAUAUGAAAGCAACAGGCAACACAGGAUAGUAUUUGAAGCCAUACGUGGUAUUUCUAUAAGAAGUGAUAUUGCAGUUGACGAUAUCAUGUUUCAGAAUGGAUCUUGCAAAGAUUCAGAAGAUUCUGGGACGCUACAAUCAUCUGGAUAUUCAGAUGACUUCAAUGAAAUUGAUUUUUAA